AAAUAAGUGAAUCACGAACAAACAACCCAGUCGGUCAUAGAAAACUUAAAAAAAAAAAAAAAAAAAAAAGAGAAAAAACAAUAAAAGCUGGUGGGAUAGUGAGAAAGUGCAGAGCACACAGAGACACACUCAAAAACACUUUUGUAUCGAGAAAAGGGGGAAUCAGUUGGUUGGUGAAUCACAGGCGGCGAUGGCAUCAAGACUCUGGGCAUCUAAAGCUGCUUCAUACCUCAAGAUCUCUACCUUCAACUUCAACAGAGGCUUUGCUUCCGUGGUGAAGGAUUUGAAGUAUGCUGAGUCUCACGAAUGGGUCAAAGUAGAUGGUAAGUCAGCCACCGUUGGCAUCACAGACCAUGCCCAGGAUCACCUAGGAGACGUGGUCUACGUUGAAUUACCAGAGGUUGGAGCCGCUGUGACUCAAGGCAGCAGUUUUGGUGCGGUGGAGAGCGUAAAGGCCACUAGCGAUAUUAAUUCCCCUGUUUCAGGAAAGGUUGUUGAAGUCAAUGAAGAGCUCACUAGCUCACCUGGCUUGGUUAAUGGAAGCCCGUAUGAGAAUGGUUGGAUCAUAAAGGUGGAGAUAAGUGACACUAAUGAGGUAAACUCGUUAAUGGACUCUGAACAGUAUUCAAAGUUCUGUGAAGAAGAAGAUAAUCACUAGACUCAACGAUGUAUGUCGGUUCAGAUGUGUGAUUUACUUCUUGUCAUGUGGGAUUCAACUUGUUUUUGUUUUUUUUUUUUUUGUUUUGUACGUUAUGUCGUUUUGCAUUCGGGUUUUAUUGAUUGCAGUUUUUUUGCUUGAAAUGUUUGAUUGCACAUGGGUUUUAGUUCAUUGACCUAAAGGCUAAAUGCAUUCCGAGACGUCGUUUGUCAGCUAUCGGAUAUGGUUUUCAUAUACCGGUCUGAUUUUUCACAGUUUGA